AAGGCUACUAUACAAACUUUUCUGUAUCCUUAUACUUGAUCUUGCGACCUUUUCAAUUUCCUUUUGUAAGUUUUUUUGAUUUUAUAAGUCUUUUUUGCUUCUUUACAGUUUAGGUUGGCUUAUGUUUCUCCUGAGUCAAGGGUAGUAGGUGCUGGAGAUUUAGUUGAUCAUCCCAAGAAAAUUGCUCUUAAUUAUCUGAAGGGUUAUUUUUUCAUUGACCUAUUUGUUGUAUUGCCUCUACCUCAGAUAAUGAUAUCAUUUGUCCUACGAAAGUACUUGGGAAUAUCAGGAGCAAAUUUUGCUAAAAAUCUUCUGCGUGCAACAAUCCUUUUGCAGUAUUUUCCCAGAUUAUUCAGGUUUCUGCCUCUGCUAAUUGGCCAGUCUCCUACAGGAUUCAUAUUUGAGUCAGCUUGGGCAAAUUUCAUUAUAAAUCUUCUUUUUUUUAUCCUAUCUGGCCAUGUUGUUGGUUCUGGCUGGAACCUCUUUGGUCUGCAGAGGGUUAAUCAAUGCUUGCGAAAGGCCUGCCAACAUUCUAAUAUUACUGGAUGCUCAACAUUUAUUGAUUGUGGCAGUGACCGUGCAUCUGACCAAUCAGAACUGUGGAACAAAAAUGUAAAUGCCACUGCUUGUUUGGAUUCCAGUUCCGGUGCUUUUCCAUAUGGGAUCUAUGUACAUGUUGUACCACUUACUAUAGAAACUAGGGUGGUCAAAAAAUAUGUAUUUGCACUGUUUUGGGGCUUCCAGAUCAACAUGAGGCUGCUGAAGGAGUCCUUCUUGAUGAUGAUUUGAAUGAGCCAACAAUGGGAGAGAAACUUGCUAGUCUAAGUGUUCUGGAUGGGAACAAAUCAAGGAGUGAUAUAGAGCAAGAAUCUUGUGUCCUAGCAAAGCCUCCAAGUGCAGACUCUGUACAUGUUUUGCUUAAGCAAGCAUUAAAUGUUGAUGAUCGCACCCUUCUGCUAGAUUGCUUGUUUACACAAAAUGAGAAGGUUCUCUUUCUCUCCUAUUUCUAUUGAAUAUUAUGUAUAUUUGAAUGGAAAUUGUCCACUUGCUCAGUUUCUUAUAUGUUAUACAUGAUGUAACUCCUUUUGCAUGUUGUUGUAACUUUUCAAAUGUCAUGUUGCAGCAGAUCUCUAACUUUGUGCAGCAUAAUAAUAAGCUCAUGUAUAUUUAAUUAAAAAUUAUAAUCAACAAAGUGUAAUUAGGAACUAGUUUUAUUAUUAUUAUAUGACAUUUACCUACAGAAGACCGUAGGUACAAGUAAAUUGACUUUUACCUACAGUUAGAGAUUAUAGGUAUAAAUUAAUAUCUUUUACCUA